GUUAAAAAUUUACUUUUACCAAAAAAAAAAAGUUAGAAAGUUUAUCUUCGUGAGAUGGACGGAAUAUUUUGAUUUAUCGGAAAAGAGAAGCCAAUAAGGAGAAUAUACGGUACGGAGAAAAAUGUAAAAGUACAGCUAAGAUAGAAAGAUAGAGUUUCCCAAUGAAGACGACUGAUGUUUAAGUCACUGACUGACUUCUGUUCUGCUCUAUCUUUUCUCACCAGUUCCUCUCAUCAUUGGUCUUUUCCACCACCUGAUAUCUUGUCUUCUUCCACUUCCCCGGUUUACUUUCUUUAACCGGUCUUCUUCACUCCUCUAAAAAUUACAACUGAUUAAAUUUCCCGAAAAACACAAUGCAAAAGACUUCUCGGCAUGGCCUCAAAUUACAUUAACACUCACCUGAGGAGCCAUUAGCUCACAUAAUCGCACACUGAGUUUUGCAAUCUAGUCCCUUGAUGCAUGAAAUCAGAUAUCGGGCUCAUUUACGACAUCUUCAAACUAAUAUAUGAGUGACUUGGUUGAUUAAUCCUAAUCUUAACCCCUUUCAACUUAGCCUAAACCAAAUUUUAACCAUCUAAUAGAAAGACAUUUUUAAGCCUUUUCUUUCUUUUGUUUCUUUUUUUUUUUUAAUUUUUAUCAAGUCAUAUAUCGUAUGAAUCCUAAUGUAACAAAAAACAUUAGAAAAUCUUUUUAAUUAUUACAUUAUUCGAUUCAUUCCUUUGUUAUGCACGUAGUCACAUGUCCAUUAUUAUAUACCUGAUUGAUUAUUUUACAAAACACAUUUAACCUGUAUCAAACAAAUAAAAUACAUACAUCAAUCCGGCCGUCUCAUACUGAUACAGUGAUGAUACCUAUUCAUUUCGAAGCAAUCGCAAAAGAAAUCUGUAGACCUAAUUAACUCACGAAAUCUCAUCACGGUUUGAUUGUGAUCGAGAUCACUCCUCGCUGCAACACAUACAUCAUAUUAGCCUCAUUGUUUCAAGACGCAAGAUGGAGAUUGGUUUGGAACCAAAGGAUGCAGUUGAUUGGUCAUAUAGAGGUGAAGGAGCUGUUAAUUUGGUUCUCGCUUACACUGGAUCCUCUCCCUCUUUCUUGGGAAAGAUGAUGAGAAUACAGAAAAUGCCAAAUGAUGGGAAAGAAGAUAAUGGAAACACAAGUGGAAAUGGUCUCACGUCACAUGAAAAGGUUAUAUGGGGAGAAUGCAAGGAACUUGUUUCUUGCCAGAACAAGGAGAUUGUGGAGUUUUUGUUUGUCAAACAUGUCAUGAGACCUUUGUUGGGUCAUAAACAUGUCAAUCCUGGAAUGCGUCUUCUUGUAGCAAAGGAGUUUCUUGAGUCUGUUGAGAACAUUGUGACAUCACAGCGACCUUCUUGGCGAGCUGAUGCAGCCAGUGUGGAUACUCACCGCAAUUCUGUUCUUCUCAUGGAUGAUUUGACACUUUUCGCACACGGUCGUGUUGAGGAUAAACCAUGCUUAAGUGUUGAAAUAAAGCCAAAAUGUGGAUUCCUUCCAUCUUCAAGUUUCAUAGCAGAAGAAAAUGUUAUCAAGAAGAGUAUAACUCGUUUUGAGAUGCACCAAGUACUGAAGCUUCAUGAUAAUGAGAUAUCAGAAAUCAGUGAAUAUGAUCCUCUGGACCUAUUCUCUGGAUCGAAAGAUAGAAUACACAAAGCAAUAAGAGCUCUCUACGCGACUCCUCAGAACAACUUCCGCGUGUUCUUGAACGGCUCUCUUGUAUUUGGAGGCUUGGGAGGUGGCACAUGCAAAACAACCUCAAAGGUUGAACAAGACUUUGAGCAACUACUCAAAGAUAUUAUCAAGACCAAAGAUGGUUCACGUGCAAAUCAUUUCAUAGAGCUUGUUGCUGAAACCGUUUACACCUCUGGAGUUCUAGAUCAUCUCCUAGACGUUCAAAAGCUAGACAAGUAUAACAUCGAAGGAGCGGUUCACGUGUACUAUGACCUCAUUAACCAGCCAUGCAGAGUGUGCAAAGAGUUGGAAAAGAGUAAAACAUCAUCAACAAGUCAGUUUAGCUCCAUGCAUUCGAUUCCGAUGGCUGAGAAAGUGAAUGUUUUGAAGGAGUUUUUGAUAUCUGCCACCGCAAAAGAUUGUAGUGUGAUGAUAAGCUUUAGAUCAACAGAUGCUGUGAUCUCAAGAUCAUCUUCUCAUAGUAAUCUGCAUCUUGAAUCAGCAAAGCAAGAAUUUGAUUACAAGGUACAUUUCAUUGAUCUUGAUAUGAGACCUUUGAAGAAAAUGGAAGUCUAUUAUGAACUAGAUAAGAAGAUCAUGAACACAUACUUGGAGAUGGUGAAAAAGAAAGAAGCCCGGGGAGAGAGGAGAGCUCAGCGUCAAUGCUUCUAAAACUAUAAGCUGAUGAGAUACAACAUUUCAUUAUCUCAUAGAAUAUGCUUACAAAAAUUCAUGAUUGGUAGUUGUAAGUCACGUUCGGUUUGCUUAGUCUUCAUCAGUUUUGAAACC